AUGGAUUCAACCUCCGCAUCAUCUUCAAGCAAUUCCCCAGGGCCCAGUGCUCCUGCGCAGCCUGACGUGGACCAACCACCGACACAGUCCGCCCCACCGCCAGCCUCUCAAUCUGAUCAACUCCUGCAGGUUCAGACAAUUCUCGAAGACGUCGCAUCUGGCAAGGUUCACCUUCCGCAGGAACUCGUCAUGGGCUUUACUCUUUGUCAAGACUCCUGGCACCGACUUCAGGGAGACCCUAACCUUGAGUUGUGCGUUGGAAGGAACGAACUCUGCGUCGCAUACGAUGCCUCACUUUCACUUGUCACCAUCAAGGCAGGACCUCCGCUGAACGACAUGCACCGUAUUAUCCUCGAAUUCCUUUCGGAUCUCCAACGUCGUACUCGAUCGACCUUCGCAUCGAUGUGA